CUGUCUGUGCACCAUUAGUAAGGUCCGUGCUGCAGACACUACCUUGCCCACCACACAGCUCUUCUUAGUCUUACUACGCAAAAUCAGGGCAGAGGAAUUUUCUUUUUCUAUUUGUCAGGGACUGGUGAUUGUCAGAAACAUACAACAGACAAUUGAUUCUGAAGGGAUCCUCUUGUGUUCGUCUGACACUGGGAACAAGCGUGUGGACUAUUGGAAUACUUCGGACCUCACAGCUCAACUCGUCAACUGUUCUACCUCGCCAUAACCAGGGUGUACCAAGUGUUUGUGUGAUUGCGUGUGAGUGUGUUUGUGAACGUGUGUAGUUUAAGAGGAUCUAGGUGGUUUCCACUUUUGGGGUUUGAUUUUUGACAGGUGCACGUGCAGGAGCGUUGCACUUUGGUCUCUGUGUUUGGAUUUACUUCCCUGAUCAGUCAUGGCUACUCUGAGAAGCUGGCUACUGGGGUUCUUCCUGGCCCUGCUCUGCUCCUUCCAGACACCUCUGGCUCCCAGUGCCUCUGUUAAAGCCCAGGAGUUGCCUCUCAUCCACGAAGAAGGCCUGAUGGCUGAUGAAGAUGAUGACGAUGAUGAUGAUGAUGGAGACGAUGAUGAUGAUGAUGAUGAUGAUGAUGAUGAUGACGACGACGACGAUGACGACGACGAUGACGACGAUGAUGACGACAAUGAUGACGACGACGAUGACGACGAUGAUGAUGACGACGAUGAUGAUGAUGACGAUGAUGAUGACGACGAUGAUGACGAUGAUGAUGAUGAUGAUGAUGACGACGACGAUGAUGAUGACGAUGACGAUGACGAUGACGACGACGAUGAUGACGAUGACGACGAUGAUGAUGAUGACGAUGAUGAUGACGACGAUGAUGAUGAUGAUGACGAUGAUGAUGACGACGAUGAUGAUGACGACGAUGAUGAUGAUGACCAUGAAGAUGAUGACGACGAUGAUGAUUAUCAUGAAGGAUCCAUUUGCUCAUUCUGUGCCCACUGUGAGCAUUGUGACAGUUGCGAUAAGUGCCCAUGUGAAAAGGGAGAUGAUUCAGAAUACUGCGACUACUGCGACGACUGUGGAAAAUGCUACAUCUGUCCUGCUUGUGAGACCCUUUGCCAGCCAGGUGGUUUUGUUGACUCAGUGACUGGAUCCAUCUAUAAGACUGUUGCAGACGUCUUUGAUGAUGACGAUGAUGACAACUAAGCCCACUUGUCGCCACCAUGUGGCCAAAAGAGGAACGUGAAAUUGGGCGUUGCAUUUCACAACCUUUAGGAUUUCCAUUGUAGCAAUAUGUUGACAUUGUCGUUAACUUAUUUUUGUCUUUUUAAUCUGAUCACAUAACAUGCUACGGUCUGGUCAAUAUGUAUGUGGGAUUAAAAUAUUUGUAUUGCCUUAAAUUAAAUUCCUUUAACAGAAUAACCUGUUUCCUUUUAAACAGGUUUGUUGUUACCUACAAAAUUAAUUGUAAAUCCAAAUCCAACUCUGUUUUGACACUACAUGUUAUGGAAUAGAAUGAUGGGACAUUUUAUUUAAGAGUAAAUACAAUCUGUUUAAACAUGCUGUAUUCACACACUGUCAAAAUACUAUCAAACGUACAUUAAAAUAAACAUAUUAACUGUAA